AAGUUCCUUUAAGAUUUCAUGAGUUGCUCCAUUCACUCACCUGCGAGCACCUUGCACAAUUCCUGCCCUACCCUGCCCUCCAGUCUGCCAAUCCUCAGUGAUUUUUUUCCCUUUCCACAGUUAAUGAAGCUCAAUCCCUACAAAAUUGAGCUUCCACAUCAAAGUGACUUACAGCAAAUAUGUUUUGAAGCAAUUCUUCACUUGCAUAAUUUCCCUAAUAAAAUGCAUUCACGGAACCACUGUUAAACUCAGAAGAGGGUGCUCUGCAUGAGGAUUCCAAUUUCCUCUUCUGAUCAGAGCUGUGCUCUCAUUCAGGGGAUCACUGGUUGCCUGACCAGUCACACGCGCAACCAUGACGCCUAAACAUUGCCUUCUAGGCUUCCUCGUCACUCUCUUCCUGACUGGUGCUGCAGAAACUCACCCAGCCCAUGAGACUUUGAAGCCUCAGAGAGUACAUUUUCAGUCCCGGAACUUUCACAACGUUUUGCACUGGCAGCCUGGGAGGGCUUCUGCCAGCAGCAGCAGUAUCUACUUUGUACAAUAUAAAAUCUACGGACAGAGACAAUGGAAAAAUAAAGAGGACUGUUGGGGUAUUCCGGAACUAUUCUGUGACCUUACCAAUGAAACCGCAGAUGUUCAGGAGGCUUAUUACGGAAGGGUGAAGACGGCUGUGGCUGGGACCCACUCAGCCUGGACCAUGACACGGCGGUUCACACCCUGGUGGGAAACAAAAAUAGGUCCUCCAGGCAUGAAUAUAACCCAAGUCAAUGGAUCCCUGUUGGUGAUUCUCCAUCCUCCAGAGAUACCAUAUAGAAACCAAAAAGGAAAAAAUGUAUCAAUGGAAAAUUACUAUGAGCUAGUAUACCGAGUCUUUAUAAUUAACAACUCACUAGAAAAGGAACGAAAGGUAUAUGAAGGAACUCACAGAGUGGUUGAAAUUGAAGCUGUAACACCUCACACUGGUUACUGUGUAGUGGCUGAAAUAUAUCAGCCCAUGCUAGACAGAAGAAGUCAGAGAAGUGAAGAGAGAUGUGUGAAAUGUCCUUGAAGUGGUGUGGUGUGCUCUGCAACAUGGAAAUCAAAAGCUCUCUGGGAAUGGAAUGACUCAUGCUUGAAGUAUCUCAUUGAAAAUUGUUUUUAUUCUUCUUAAAGCAAUGUCACACUUUUGGGA